CUCCGCACAAAAAAGGGUUAGACUUUUACUUUGAAAUGAACUUCCCCAAAUUCAUGGUCCCUUGGGAGAAACGGCUAUAGGGUAGUCCAGCCCUGUUGGAGUAAGUGUAGUCUAUGGGAUAGAAACUUUAGGUAGUGCAUUUAGAAUUAUGUGAAUCAGAAGAUAACUAGGCUAUUCAAUAAUGACAUUCCCCUUGGAGAGCUGAGUAGGUAAAGCUUUUAAGGUUGCAUCACAUUGCAACAUAAAAUAAAUGAAUACAUAAUGCAUGGAUGCAACACAAUUUGAAAUGUGGAAUGUAUGGACCAAGAUAAUUGCUGAUUUACGCCGCUGCAGCUGCAUCACUGACGGGAUGGGGGGACCAGUCUUGAUCAACUCGCGACGUGUCGCAAAUUGAAAGCUUGCAAACCCUCGUUUUGGAAUGCACCUUCAUAGGAUAAACGAUGGCCUUGAGAGUGUGCUCAGCGAUCCGCUGCAAGAGCUGGACUCUGCUUUCCCUGCUCUUCCUCCUCCUCUUCCUCGCGCUGUCGGCUCUGAUGAUCAGCACGCUCCCCUUCCCGCUCCCGGUGACGAUACAAAGGCUAGCAUCCCGAGGUCUCAGCGUCGCAGGUGGACCUACGCCAGGGGGUAUGUACAGGGACCACCCCACAAUGGCCCCCCUCCACCUCCUGACCCCCAACAUCCACAGUGGGGCCUGGAGACAGGCUGAUGGGAAAGAGUCCUCCAAGCACCUGCUGAUGGUUGUGGAUAAGGCAGGGGUGAGGGGAUCUCCGGGGGAUGUCAUCCAUGAUACCUCUCACACGCACUUACGCGGAAGGACCACAACCCGCAGGAUUAAAGGCAUAGCCUCAAAGAGGAAAGAGACGCCAGCAUCCAAGCACCAAACCAGGAAGCAUCCACUCCCACUGGUGAAUGAUGUGCCAGGGCGUGUUGACAUGCUAGCCAAUCACAGUUCUGCUUCACAGCUCUCCUCCAAUCCUCGCCCUGCUCCCAGACAUGAUGGACCCACGGACCAGGCUGCAGCUGCAGACUUGGAGACGUCAGAACCUAAACAGACUCCAGACAGACACAAGUAUGCAAAGCAUGCUGGGAAAGCCGGGAAGGCCUUCGAAGAGCAUAAGGACGUUCAGAAAACUGCCAGGGCCCUCCGGAAACGCAAAGCACCAUCCUCCAAAAAAAACAAACGCAGCAAUGGUGGGCUAAAACCUCAAGCUGCAUUGGAGCAGAGAGACGGUGUCUUGUGCAAGACCGGCACAGAAGCGGGCUUGUUUCCCGACCAGGACCAGCGGAGGAUAAGAACCGACACCCAUCCUCUGCCCUGGCUCAGUACGGACGACCUCCAGAAGAUGGAGAUGCUGUCAGGGGGCGACGUGGUCAGCAAGGCCCGAGUGCCUGCCCACGGGCAGGUUCUCCAGGUGGCGCUGGGUCCUGGCACCCAGCCUGGAGGGGAGGAGUCCCACAGUGGGCGGUGCGAGCAGGGGCACUGUGCUCUGGUCAAGAGGGCAGAGGACUGGUUCGAGGUGUUUGGCUUCCACCUUGACAGGGUCCUGGGGCUCAACCGGACCCUGCCCACUGUGCUCAGGAGUUUCCAUAGCGACAUCCUGCCCUACCGCUUUCAUUCAGCAGACAGAACUGACCUGAACCUUGACAGGUACACCAGCGGUACACCUAGACCCGUGGUCUGGUGGGACCCAGAGAUCCAGCACCUGGCUGAUAAGGACAACGACCAAAAUUCCAUCCCACUCACCUGGACCCAGUAUCAGCACCUGCUAUUGGCUGGGUGUGGCCGGGGCGUGGGCCUAAACUCCGCCCCUUGUGUGGGCGUCAACCACUCAGAGUGGGGGAGACUGGCUCUCUUCGACUUCCUCCUACAGGUGAACGAUCGUCUGGACAGGUACUGCUGUGGCUUCAUUCCAGGACCAGGAGAACCCUGCGUUGAGAACCUGCUCCAUGUCAAAUGUAACAACCCAAAGGACCUGGUGCUGGUUCACAUCCUGGUGAGGAAAACCGACCGUACUAAGCUGGUGUUUAUAGACAACGCAGGAAGACCCCAUCAUCCAUCAGACAACCUCAACUUCCGAUUGGUUGAGGGUAUUAAUGAAUUCCCAGAGAGAGCAGUGUCUGUUCUCCAGUCAGGCUGUCUGGAGGCCAUGUUGCUGCACUCGCUCUACACGGACAAGGAAUUCUGGAAUAGCCAAGGAGGAGAGUCUGGCGUGCGACCUCUCAUACGCACUGUGGAGCAGCGAAGCAGGAUCCUGCUGCAGCACAUCCACGACAAGAAGCUCCGACUCAAUCGAGAUUUGUGAUCAGCUAGCCCCCAGGGCUAACGCUAUGAGAUUAUUAGCUACUAGCUAUGGUGCUUCGGUGGACUGCAACCAUAACAGUGGUUGCGUUAGCCAAAAAGCAAAGGAGCUAAUUUAGUCUGUACUGGGAGGAUGCAGAGAAAACUUCAAGGCCCUGGAUGUUAGAUUAGUUUAAUAAUUCAAACAAACAAACGCAACACGAUUCAAACAAACUUAACACGAUCCAAACAAACGUAACACG